AUGGAAAAGUAUCACUCCGUUCAUGAGGAAGACAUUUCCAGCUUCGACCUACCGUCAACUCAUCGAUUACCCACUGUGUCCGCCGCGGAUGCACUGGAAGAUCUAGACGGCAGUGUCGGCAGGCACAUCUCCACAGGUAUCGACCGGUUAGACGAGACGCUCGUCUCUUCUUUCUCUCGUCGGGAUUCUGUCUCAGUGCGUGGGGGUCUUCAAAGAGGUCAGGUCUCUGAGAUAUGGGGCCCACCAGGCUCAGGCAAGACGGCUCUAGGCAUCCAACUUGUCGCCAGUGCAUUGUGUGACGGGCAUGGCGCCGUGUGGGUAGAUUGCGCGUAUUCUGUCUGCGGCCAGCGGCUCAAUGCCGUGAUCGAGGCAGUGGAACAGGCUCGAUCACCUACGGACGAUGGACCGGCAAAGCCAUCCAGUGAUAACCUCGCUCACUACAGCUGCCCAAGCUUACCUCACCUGGUUGCACUGUUAUGUCGUCCGACAGCCGCAACGUUGCCAGCGAAGACGGCUCUGGUCAUUAUAGACUCGUUGUCAGCUCUAGUGAACUACGCUUUUCCCAAGGCAUCCGACGGUCGGAAAGGACCGCCUCAGGGCAAAGGACCUGGAUUAUCAGCGAAGCGGCUGCAAGCCCUGCAGUACAUCACCAGCGCAUUGCAGAAAUUAGCGGCAACGCGAGACUGCGCAGUGGUUGUGUUGUCGCAGUGCGCAACCAGAAUGCAAUUAGAGCGAAGCGCCACUUUGAUCCCAUCCAUUAAUGCUGGCAUUUGGGAGCAGGGGAUGUCGACACGAGUAGUGCUAUUCAGAGACUGGGUGUGGAAGGACGGGCGGCCGUCGACCGUAUCUUUCGCCGGAGUGCAGAAGCUAAACGGUAAGGCCGGGCCCGACAUGAUGCAGAAUGCAGCAGCGUUUAGAGUGGAAGCGACGGGCGUGGUUGGCGUGCAUUACGACACUAGCCAGCCAUCGGUGCUGGUGUCGAAUGCUCCACGCGCGAAACGCAAGCUGGUAGAGGCCGGUCUCGAAGUGCCAGACAGCGAGGAAGAGGACGACGAGGAAUAUGGGUGGGUUCAGGAAGACGACGCAGCACUUCCCGGCCCGCCACCACAAUGGCAAGGCAGCGAAGACCUCCUCCUGGGGACGCAGGUCGCUGAAAGCGAAGAUGACAACAACGGGGACGGGGACGGGGACCGCGAGGACGGCGGCAAUGAUGACACGGGCGACGAGGCGGAAGUGGAGGGGACAGCGAUUAGCGGCCGAGAUAGCGACGAAGUUGCAGAGUAG